AUGGACUUCCCUGGGGGCGCAAACACCAACAUACAUCUUAUUGAUGGAUUCUCCAACAUUUAUUGGAGGAUAUACACAGAAGAAGCUGGUAUCACAAAUAAUCCACAAGAGGGUCCUGCUAAUGGGUACACCAUUCUCAAGCAUUUAAGUCGCCUCAAAGAUUUGGAGGCUCGACUGAGGAUUCUGAAUUGCCUAGCAUCAUGUCCAAGGCGCUUGGGGCUUUGGGUGUUCUCGCCCACCCCUGAUUUUGAAAGCCUGCAACCUUUGUAUGUGAGGGGGGCUGACGCAGAGUCAAAUAAAAUCGUUGUCGGCACAACAACUUUGAAAGUCUCUGCGAUGGGAAGUGUCUCCUCGCUGGACUUGGUAAAAGGUUUGUCGUCCGACAACCAGAGUCAGCACGGUACCCAACCCGCGGGGCAGCCACGCCCGAAUCAGGGUCAACAGUCAUCUCGGCGUCAAGAUGGCUACAGCAGUUCAGCAGCCAUAUAUGCCUCUUUUAUAUCUGCAGUCACGGGUGCAAUCGGUAUACAGUUGAUCCGGUGUCACGGCGCUCUACCGCUCGGAUCGCGCACUCUUUUCACUGCAGUCGAAAGGCUGGGAUACGAAAGUCCCCUCAUCAACAAUGACAGCAUCCUAUCUACCUCAUGUUUAACCACACUCAACGUCCAGUUGACUAUGGGUGGAGUAAUAACUGUCUCCGCCCAGACUAUAUCCCAAACAGGGAUUAUGCGACUGUCUAGCCCGCGAGAUGAUAAUACCGAAAUACUCAACGUACAACCUGGAAUCGAUCUUUGGCUAUCUCCUAAUGGAACCAUUGCUAGGCUUGUCACGGCUAAUAUUGACUCGCCAACUGUUCCCUCUCCUGGUUACUCCGUCCCUGGCAAUGUGACAGCAAAAAGAACACAGUGGAAAUUGGAUGUUGUGCAGUGGAUGCGGAAUUUCGGGUUACAUAUCGGUUCGCUUGAUGAUGAGCCCUGGGUUGAAGUCGAGGUUUGGGAGCCAUUUUUCGCGAGGCUUGCCGGAGAAGCAUGGCGACAGAGUGAAGAUAGUCAAUCUGCACUACCACUAAAACGCAUGCUGUGGCCAGCGAGAUUUUGCUUCAGGAGAGCUAGCUCAUCAAACUACUCUUCUGAGGCUCAAACUUCCCUUCCCGACGAACCCCUAGAUUUUGCAGAGCAAUGGUCUACCAUCACGAGCUCUCUCAAGCUAGAUCAUACUACCCAUCUUACUCAGAAUACCCCUAUCACCCAAGACGCUCAACCAAAGGACCACGACAUGCUAUCGUCACCCAAGGUCGAAAUCCUGGAAAGCAUAGAGAGCUUAUCCCGCCUCGCGCAGUAUCCUGAUUUACAGAGUACGAAUCUCGUGUACCCUACUCCCCCAGAUGGAGCUGCAGUAAUCGGGUUGAACAACGCAAAUACUUCCGAGGCUUUUACUGAAGAUUCCAAUUUCGGACUAUCCCACGCAGCCCAACAGAGUUCAAGGAUAGCUGCACCGGGGUCUGAUGGCUCACCCGUUCAAGAUAACGGUUUUGGUAUUGGCACUGGUCGAUAUGAUGCAAGUGACGAAGAAGAUCUCUUCGGGGAAAUGAAUGAAAGGGAUUUCGGAUCGAAAGGCAUCACUGACGCAGACUUCAGCUUUUUUGAUGACCCUGAUUUUGGAGAAAUGGGCGAUGAACCCCUUGUAGAGGAUGCAGGUGGAUUUCUUGAAGCUCCUCAUCCUCACAGCGACUUAGAGGCAGAGGCCAUUAUUGACGAAAACUCAUACUCUAAGCAGCCACCCGCAGUCACGCCCCAUGUCGAAACAUGUGAAAUAGCUGCUUCUCCGGUAAAGGACGAAGGCCCUGCAUUUCCCGACGAGCCCAUGGUUCCCGAGGAACCAGUCCAUUCACCUACAAGUCGGGAAGGUCAAACAAUCAGUCCACCUUUGAGCCCAGUAGAAGUGAAAAAGAUAUUGUUCCCGGGGCCCGAGGCAGAGGAUCAUCAACAAACUACGGAGAACCGGGGACCAGGUCAUUAUAAUCCAGUGGCCUUUGAAAGAAAACUUGGUGAUUGGGACCAGAAGUAUGGAGCAGCUGGGAAAUUCUGGUUUUCUAACGGCGGUCCCUUGGAAAUGUUAGAUCAGACAUCUGCCAUACCCACGAUUGGUAUUCCUCACCGUGACCGAACUGGCACCAGUGUACACGGUUCCGUGAAAGAACGCAGCAGGGUCAAUUUACCUCUCAUGCAGUCAGAGAAUGGUCUAAGAUCAGCCUCGGUGAGCAGCGACAGCAGUGACGACAGUAUCGAGAUCAUCUCGGAGCAUGUUUCAACGCCAGCAGGUGUGCCCUCAAUGCCCUCUUUGAAGCGGAAACGGGCGCCUUCGGAACCUGAUUUGUUGUCCAUUGCUUCCCCAGAAAAGACUUUGCCCAGCAUAGAAGCAGGUCCUACAUACACAGCAGAGAAUUCUAUCUUCCUCGGCAACUUCUUAUCCAAUUUCUCUGAUUGGACCUUGACAGGUUACUUCUCUGCAUUUCCCCCUCAACAACUCCCGAUACUUGUUCGACGUGAAGCCCAACUUGAGAUUGCGCAGGUUUUGGUUGAUCAAAUAACACAGUCGUCUCUCAAACAUCCACUUGAUGGGCAAAUUGGUCUUUUUGAUCUCGAAAGCCAGUCUCUGCCACUACAAACUCUCGACGACCCAAGCAUUCUUGGGGAAGUCUCAAAGAUGGACUUCAGAGCAUACACAUCAUUGCAGGAUGAAUUUGUUGUGAAUCAACAGCAGCCAUCGCAACCUUCGCCAGCACCCAGAGACACCUCAAAAAGCUUCAUUUCCAGGUUAUCCCCGCCCUAUGUACGUGUGCGUCGAGGCAAAGAAUAUCUAGAGGCGCUUCCCCCCGCUAUAUCAUUUUGGGAGACGUUCGGUCUUGAGCCUGCUCAUGGACCCAAGAACAUUUCUGCUUAUUGUAUUCACCCACAGGCUGCGUCAAAUGCAGCGGAUGUUUUCUUAAGACGGCUUGGUCUUCUCUAUCAAAGCUGCAAUCUGGGUUCUCAUAAUCGAGGAGAAAAUUGCCUAUCAUUCGAAAGGGGGCUGAAGACAUGGCAAACUGAAACAUCUAGUUAUGAAUCUAUGAUGCGUGUAUUAAAGAGAACUUGUGAAGAGCUUGCAUCAGAGCUCUCACAGUCCCCGGCGAGUGCCGAUAACUGUGUUGUUUAUAUCAUCAACCCUUUCACACACGCUGCAGCAUUGGCAGACAUUUGUUCCGCCUUCUGGCAUCUUUUUCAACAAUUGGUUGCCGACUCUGAACGACGACAGACUCGAAGUGUCGGUGAGCUUGUUUUACAAAUAAUCCCGCUAGAGUUUGUCAUGUCGAGCGAAACGAUGGUUGUACCUCCUCAGGCAGAGUAUUUGAACCUGGCCCUAGAAGUUUACGGUCGAUGUCGCCCAAAAGAUGCGGACAUGAGCCCUCUGCUCUGCGCGCCACCGAUUCUUCUUGCCGACACUCUUCCAAGAGCGAUCAGUUUCCGUCUUGCGCCUGAAAGAUCCUCGCCGCUUCAGGAAGGACGAAGUCUUCAUAUUGCUUUCUCCAAAAGUCUGGACCAACGCUGGAUAUCAGUGGCAUGGUCUGAUGUACCAGGCUCUAUCCAAAGGAGCAUGUCCUACUGUCUACGGUAUCGUCAGUCUAGUGGUGUCAGGCCACUUAACGAGGUGAGGAAUGAGAUAUGGGCCACGACAAAACACAUCAUGGAUAGAUUUCAAGCCCGAUGGAAAAUUCAGCUGGCAACUACCGAUCAUAUGGAACCUGAUGAGGUCGAAGCAUGGGCUGGUCUAGCAGAGCAACACAACAAAUCAAGACCUGGGUCCUUGGAAUUGACCAUUCUGGCUGUCAAUACCAUCCCCGACCUGAUCCUUGAACCCCCAAUCCCACCAAUAUCGACCGCCAUGCUGAACAUACUGUCUUCUUCUACUCCUGUCACAACCCCCAAUGCGACUACCAGCGUUGCAUCCCCUGAACAAUCCGGCAAUGCAGCCACGCCGACCAGCGCCGGCCCUGCCGCUUACAGUGCCCCUACGCCAACAGAAAUGUCACUCGAAACAGAUUCAGAAGCUGUCCUCACUGAUAUCUGCGACGAUUCUUGGCUAGCCAUUUUAUCACACCGACUCAACAGCUCCCCGCACCUCACCGAAUUCCGACCCGCUCUCUGCAGCGGGUAUCUCCUCCGCCGUAAGGGUGCUACUGAUGGCGACGGCGUACUCGCCAUCUCUGUAAACCUCAUCUAUUCCCCACGUCCUGCCGCAGUCCACGAUAAUGUCCUGAAGGAUACAUUGAGUAUGUAUCGGGAUCUGGGCUGUCUUGCACGGUCCAAGGGCAUACGCAGUGUACAAAACAACACACUUCCUUGGCAUAUCGCCACAGCUCUCCGUGCACAAGAGCUUCUGAGUUAUGUUUUUUGA